AUGAUCACUGCACAUCCCGAUCGAGCUUCUCAAGUGGGAGGAGGACGACAACAACGAUUCAAGCCAUCAAGGUUCAAACACCAUGGCCAAGCAACUUCACCAUCGGAGGGAUUUCCCGCUGCAGCUGCACCCAUGCUACAUCGACGUCGACCGUACCGUGAGGAUGGCACAUUGUACACGAAUGACUUUGGGGAUGGCAACAAGGAUCGGUUUAUGGAGCUUGCUCAAGCCGCGUUAGAAGAAGCUACCCUCGAGGAUGAACGCAAAGGGCUUAUUUACGAGGUUGUGGAGGCAUUGAUUGCAAAGUCGGGAGCACCUCUUGUUGCCGAAGUGAUUUCCGAGCAGUUAAGAAGUCAAGAGAUUAUCGAGCAACUGGCAGAGUCGCAUGAAGAAGAAAAGUUAAAGCAGCAGCAGCAACAGGAACAAAAAGAGGAUGGUGAUGAGCAAGAGAAGCAAAAAGUAUUUGCCCCGGGAUUACUGAAGGAGCCACCCGAUGCUGUGCUGCAGGUUGACGACGAUGAUGAUGGCCAAGUAGGGAAUCGUCGAUGGCUUAUUUCUGAAUACAUUUGGAGACUCUUUCGUAUUCUCUUGUUGGCAAGUUUCGUUGGCUUGGUUUAUCAUUUCAUGUGUGCUUAUCAUCAAGAUCUAUUCUGA